ACCAUGUCUUACUCCUGCUUCCGUUCCAGCAUGAGUUGCCGCUCCAGCUGCAGCUCCCGGCCCUGCGUGCCCCCCAGCUGCCACUCCAGCUGUACCCUGCCCGGGGCCAACAUCCAUGCCACCGUGUGCAGCGGCGGCGCCUUCAACGGCAACGAGAAGGAGACCAUGCAGUUCCUGAACGACCGCCUGGCCAGCUACCUGGAGAAGGUGCGCCAGCUGGAGCGGGAGAACGCCGAGCUGGAGAGCCGCAUCCAGGCGCACUCUCAGCAGCAGGUGCCCUACAUGAGCCCCAACUACCAGUCCUACUUCCACACCAUCGAGGAGCUCCAGCAGAAGAUCCUGUACGGCAAGUCCCAGAAUGCCAGGAUGGUGGUGCAGAUCGACAACGCCAAGCUGGCCGCCGAUGACUUCAGGACCAAGUAUCAGACGGAGCUGGGCCUGAGGCAGCUGGUGGAGUCGGACCUCAAUGGGCUGCGCAGGAUCCUUGAUGAUCUGACUCUGUGCACGUCUGACCUGGAGACCCAGGUGGAGUCCCUGAAGGAGGAGCUGCUGAGCCUCAAGCAGAACCACGAGCAGGAGGUCAACAGCCUGAAUUCCCAGAUUGGAGACCGCCUCAAUGUGGAGGUGGAUGCUGCCCCCAACGUGGACCUGAACAGCGUGCUCAAUGAGACCAGGAGCCAGUACGAAGCCCUGGUGGAGAACAACCGCAGGGAUGUGGAGCAGUGGUUUGCCACCCAGACCGAGGAGCUGAACAAGCAGGUGGCGUCAAGCUCCCAGCAGGUGCAGACGUGCCAGGGUGAGAUCAUGGAGCUGAAACGCACGGUCAACGCCCUGGAGAUUGAGCUGCAGGUCCAGCACAAGCUGAGGAACGGCCUGGAGAACACCCUCACUGAGACCGAGUCCCGCUACAGCUCCCAGCUGUCCCAGGUGCAGUACAUGAUCACCAACGUGGAGUCCCAGCUGUCUGAGAUCCGGGCUGACCUGGAGCGGCAGAACCAGGAGUACCAGGUGCUGCUGGACGUGCGUGCCCGGCUGGAGAGCGAGAUCAGCACCUACCGCGGCCUGCUGGAGAGCGAGGACAGCAAGCUUCCCAGCAACCCCUGUUCCAGUGGCAACGCCAGCGGUGGCUCCUGCAGACUCGGUGGCAUCUCCUGUGGGCCCUGUGGCGGCGCCCCAAAGCGUUGCUGCUAAAU